GCUUAGUUAUAUUAGACGAUAAGACACAGCACGGCGCUGCCUCCAUCUCUACAAAUCUGUGCAAAUUAGAGGAAUGGGUUCGUGUUAUUCUGUGCAUAAAGACGAUGUAUCUGCAGAAUCAGCUAAUAAGAAGCCGCCCACUGCUACCCUACUCGCUGAUCUUCUCCUCAAACCUCACCCGUCUCCUCACCAUCAUGCCGCCGUUACUACUUCUUCCGACGACUUUGGUAGCAAUGAGUCAUUUUUUGAUACACAACCUUGGCUGGAGUCUGACUGUGAAGAUGACUUCUAUAGUGUUAAAGGAGAUUUUACCCCAUCUUGUGGAAGUACACCUGCCAAUCAAAGCUUCUCUUUAGGAACUCCUAAAAUUAAUGGAGCCAUUUUAACUGAUAGAGCUUUCGUUCCUCAACCCGAAUUAUUGUCUCCAAAAAAGAAGAGCAAGAAACUAUUCCAACUUUUCAGAGAAAGUUUAGGAGGUGACCGGGAUUUCGCUGUUCUGGAUAAUGCUGCACACAACCAAACAAGUCUUUCGAUCAAAAAGGCCGCAAUAAUGCUGCAGACAACUGGUUUUGAUGUCCCUCAGAAAUCUGCAGCUGGAACACCUUAUUCUUCUUCUUCUUCUUCUUCUGCAUGUAGUAGCCAAAGAACUCCCGGCCUAGAGGUCAAAGCUGAUGAUUCAAAAUCAACAAAGAGUGGGCAAUGUUGCCUUCCAAGGUUGCUUUGAAAUCUUGACUUUAAUGGAACCAGGAAGAAAAAAAUGGCAAGUCCUAGCUGCAGUUUUGGGAGAUGAAUAUAUAAACCCAACUAACUCUGCUAAACUGCAACGUACAAGGCAGAAAUCCAAAAUCUUGUAGCUACCUCAGCUUUUACAGACGGAUACACAUAAUUAAGUGCUACACUUGUAGUACCUAUACUAGUAGAGAUGGGAAUAAUGCUAUGAAUGGCAUAUAUAGGUUUUAGAGGCCAAGAGGUAAAGCAGGAAUCAUCACUACUGUAUGUAUGUCCAUAGAAUAUAAUGCAUGUAAUAACCCGAAUUACUGUUUAGUUUAGGCUCAGAUAGAUUGUAAUUUGUCAUACCAAAUCCUGAGAAAAUGAAGAUGUGCAUAAUAUGACCCAUCAAUUUUUGUUAGGAUUAAACGUUUCUUGCUUGGUCAAAAGUUAUAGACACAUUUUUGAGAGACA